AUGCUUUCGCGUCCUCCAGCUUCUGCAGGUAAGGUGCAACUUGCUACACAUUCUUUCACUUUCGAUCAUGUCUAUGGAAGCUCUGGUUCCGCAUCAUCCUCCAUGUUUGAAGAUUGUGUUUCUCCUCUUGUUGAGGUUCCGUUUCAAGGAUAUAAUGCUACUUUUCUAUCUUACGGUCAUACCGGUUCAGGGAAGACAUACACCAUGGGAACCAUAUUCAAAGAUGGUUACCAAACCGGAGUUAUUCCUCAAUUCAUGGCUGCUUUAUUCAACAAAAUCAAAAGUUUACAGGAUCAAAUAGAGUUCCAGUUGCAUGUUUCCUUCAUCGAGGACUCACUUGGUGGGAACAACAGAACUGUUAUGAUAGCUUGUGUUAGUCCUGCUGAUAGAAAUGUUGAGGAGACUCUCAACACUUUAAAGCAAUUCUGGUGUGAUAGGGAGGAAACAACAAAAGAGUUGGAGCAUACUCUUCUCCAAGACUUCACGGAUAAAGAGUUAUUGUUGCACAUGUUUUGUUCUGAUCUUGCUUAUGACAAGUCACUUCAGCAGCUAAAAUGCUUCUUGAGAUACACCCUGAUAUCAGAUCCAAAUUCUAACGGUUACUUUGAUAUGAUGAUUAAGUCAAAUCCAGAGAUUCUGAAAAGAUGGAACAAUGAGGUACAAGAAGUUGUUCAAUCAAGGGUUGCACUUGUACAGUUUCAUGUACUUGUUCAGCUCCACCAGAUAAGACAAAAUGACCAAUUGGAUGUUAGCAAAUUAGUUACCAGCUUAACAAGGGGUACCGUUCGUUCGCCUUUAGCACAAUGCCUUUUAAUUUGUUACACAAGUCAGGAUUUCCGUGUUGUUCUUGAUAACGAGUUGAGAUUGAUAUUGAAGUUAAGAGACAUGAUGAAGGGUUUUAGAGCUUCUUCUGGCAACUUAAUGACAAGUUACUGA